GUGUGUGUGUGUGUGUGUGUGUGUGUGUGUGUGUGUGUGUGUGUGUGUGUGUGUGUGUGUGUUGUUUUGGUCUCUACUUUGCUCCCUGAGGAAACAUCCUGAGCUUCGGUCACUUUGAUCUCUUCAGUGUCUCUGCAGAAACUCUGAACCUGGUUCAACAGUGAUUCCGGUUUUCCCGCAGGAGGGGGACCGAGCUGUGUGGGAAUGAGGCUUCAGUGGGGGGGUAGGGAGCCGAGCCGAGCUGAGCCGGUCGCUGUGAAUGAGGGUCGGGUCCUCCGGCAGGAAUAAUGACAGCAUGAAGCUGCUUCUGUGGAUCCUGGUGUUCGGUCUCCGGAGUCUGGACGGGACCUGUGAUCAGGGUGUGAUCUUUACGAAGCAUCCGUCCAAUCAGACGGUGUCUCAGGGGAACGCCGCUCGGCUCGGCUGUGCCGUCCUCGGAGUCUCAGAGCCCGACAUCGUCUGGAUGAAGGACGGACGGAAACUCUACAGCAUGGACCAGAUGUUCCUCACGCUGGGAGAGACACACUGGGAGACGUUCCACAGUGUGAAGUCGGUCCAGCAGCAGGAUGCGGGUCAGUACUGGUGUGAGGUGGAGUUCCACGGUCUGACGUUCUCUUCUGAACGAGCCUGGAUCACAGUGGAAGGAGUGCCUCACUUUGUGGAGGAGCCUCAGGACGUUGCAACGCUCCCUAACGCCCCCUUUGACCUGACCUGUGCAGCGGUCGGCCCCCCUGAGCCGGUGGAGGUGCUCUGGUGGUUGGGAGGAGUUCAGGAGGGAGAUCCCAGACCGUCCCCGUCUGUCCUUCAUGUACAAGGUGUGAACAGCAGUGUGAAGUUUUACUGUGAAGCGAAGAACACCAGAGGGAUCUCUGUGUCUCGGACAGGAAGUGUUCACAUCAAAGUGUCCCCGGCGGCGCCUGUUGAGCUGCAAGUCCUGAGAAUGAAUGACAACAACGUCACAUUGUCAUGGAAACCUGGAUUUACAGGAUACUCUGAGCUUUCCACCUGCAUCAUCCAGCUGUCGAAGCAUGCAGCCCCCCGGAUGUCGAACCUCCCACAGCAGGAGGUGCAGGUUCCUCCUCACCUGUACGUCCUGUCGGGUUUGAGGAGUCACAGUAACUACAGUGUCAGAGUCUCCUGUGUGAACGAGGUGGGAGCAUCACCCUUCUCCCAUUGGCUGCACCUGCAGACACCUGAGUCAGUUCCUCAGGCGGCUCCCAGGAACCUGACGUUCUCUCUGUCUGAGGAGCAGCUGAGUCUGAGGUGGGCGGAGCUGACGGAGGAGGAGCUUCAGGGCCGGCUGCUGGCCUUCAAGGUGCAGUGGACCCUGGGAGGAGAGGCUCAGGAGCCUCUGCUGUUUAAGGAGCCGUGGGCGGAGCUUGCAGGCGGAGGUCGUUUCUUUAACUCCUCCUUCCAGGUGUCGGCCUGCACCUCAGUGGGCUGUGGACCGUGGAGUCGUCCUGUGCUGGUGCUUCCUGCCUCAGUCCAGGCCCCCGCCCAGAGGAGCCACAUGUGGGUGGGUCUCCUGCUCGGCCUGCUGGUGGCCUCAGUGGUGGGCCUCCUGCUGACCAUCCUCGCUCAGCGCCGCGAGAAGGAGACACAGUUUGGUUCUGUUUUUAAGUCUCCAGGUCCUGAGAGUUCAGUCUCCUUCACGGUGGCUCGAUCCUUUAAUAGAAACUGUGCAGAUCUUCAGGAGUCCACAUUGGACAGUCUGGGUAUAAACGAUGACCUUAAAAGCAAGCUGCAGGAUGUUCUGAUCCCAGAGAGGCUGCUUACACUGGGACACAUGCUGGGAAAAGGUGAGUUCGGGUCAGUGCGGGAGGCGUGCCUGAAGACGGAGGAUUCAUCCGUCCAGAAGGUGGCGGUCAAAGUGUUGAAAUCUGACAUCACCUCUUCAAGUGACAUCGAGCAAUGUCUGAAGGAGGCGGCCUACAUGAAGGAUUUCCACCACCCCAACGUCAUCCAGCUCAUCGGAGUGAGUCUUCAUCGGCGCCCGAGCCAGCGGCUGCCGAUCCCCAUGGUCGUUUUACCGUUUAUGAAGCAUGGCGACCUGCACACCUUCCUGCUGCUGUCUCGACUGGGAGAAAACCCGUUUGACCUGUCCUUGCAGACCCUGCUGCGCUUCAUGUUGGACAUCUCUCGAGGGAUGGAGUAUCUGAGCAGCAGAAACAUCAUCCACAGAGACCUCGCAGCCAGGAACUGUAUGCUGGAUGAGAACAUGACGGUGUGUGUGGCGGACUUCGGUCUCUCUAAGAAGAUCUACAGUGGAGAUUAUUACCGACAGGGAUCAGUCUCUAAACUUCCAGUGAAGUGGAUCGCUCUGGAGAGUCUGUCAGACAACGUGUACACAAUACAGAGCGACGUGUGGGCAUUUGGGGUGACGAUGUGGGAAGUCAUGACUCGGGGUCAGACUCCGUACCCAGGAGUGGAAAACUCUGAGAUCUAUGAGUUCCUGAUCAAAGGAGAGAGACUGAAGAAACCAGCUCACUGCAGGGACGACAUCUAUGACAUCAUGCACAGCUGCUGGAGUCCAGUUCCUAAAUGUCGUCCUAGUUUCAAACAUCUGGUGGACCAGCUGGAGGCGCUGUGGCUCAGCCUGUGUCCCGCUCUCCCUCUGAAGGAACCACUGCUCUACGUGAAUCUGGAGGGGGAGCCGGGAGGAGGAGGAGGCGUCAGGGAAGAGGGGACGGCGGCUGGAGCUCCCAGCUGGAGCGUGGCCUGGCAGCACAGGGAGGAGGAGCAGGAAGAAGAGGACUGGCUGAUGUUGGGGUCAGGCGCUGCACUGGCAAUUGGAGGAGACUACAGAUACAUCUUCAGCCCCCCCUGUGCCCCCCCUGAGGAGGAUCAGGGGGAGGAGCUGAGGGGAGAAGAGGUGAAGAGGGUGGAGUCUGUGGACACAUUACAGGAGGAGGUGAAAGAUGAAGAGGAUGAUGUGGUCAUUAAUGUCUGAUACGUCACAGAGCCCCUCCUCCCCGUCACACGCCAUCAGUCCAGAGCCCCUCCUCCCCAUCACACGCCAUCAGUCCAGAGCCCCUCCUCCCCGUCACACGCCAGCAGUCCAGAGCCCCUCCACCCCAUCGCACGCCAUCAGUCCAGAGCCCCUCCUCCCCAUCACACGCCAGCAGUCCAGAGCCCCUCCUCCCCGUCACACGCCAGCAGUCCAGAGCCCCUCCUCCCCAUCGCACGCCAUCAGUCCAGAGCCCCUCCUCCCCGUCACACGCCAGCAGUCCAGAGCCCCUCCUCCCCAUCGCACGCCAUCAGUCCAGAGCCCCUCCUCCCCAUCACACGCCAUCAGUCCAGAGCCCCUCCUCCCCGUCACACGCCAGCAGUCCAGAGCCCCUCCACCCCAUCGCACGCCAUCAGUCCAGAGCCCCUCCUCCCCAUCACACGCCAGCAGUCCAGAGCCCCUCCUCUCCGUCACACGCCAGCAGUCCAGAGCCCCUCCUCCCCAUCGCACGCCAUCAGUCCAGAGCCCCUCCUCCCCGUCACACGCCAGCAGUCCAGAGCCCCUCCUCCCCAUCGCACGCCAUCAGUCCAGAGCCCCUCCUCCCCGUCACACGCCAUCAGUCCAGAGCCCCUCCUCCCCAUAGCGCGCCAUCAUUCCAGAGCCCCUCCUCCCCAUCGCACGCCAUCAGUCCAGAGCCCCUCCUCCCCAUCGCUCGCUAUCAUUCCCUUGAGUCACCUGAACAGAGGGGCGCUUAAUUUCAGUGUCUGAGCAGAAGCAGGCGGGAGGAGACAGACUGAUCCUCUGCUGGAGAUACAGAGAGUGACGAUGCUGACAGUACACACACACUAAUACACACAGUACACACACACUAACACACUGUGUAACACACACUGAAACACACUAACACACACUGUAACACCCACUGAAACACCCACUGUAACACACACUGCAACACACACUAACACACACUGUAACACAC